CAAUGGCUUCACAAGACGAGAGCUACACAAUCGUUGAAGACCACAUCAUACCCCAAGGAAUACUUCUCGCCGUCUUGGCCCCAUUGUUCUUGAUCCUCAACUUUCCGCCGCUGAUAUGGCAUGUCCGAAAUCGGAAUACGGCGGCUGUGUUCAUGGUCUUCUGGAUCAUGCUGAUGAACUCUUUCAGCGUGCUCAAUGUCAUCAUCUGGCCGUACAUUGACAUGCGCAAUAUGUAUGAUGGUCAAGGUCUCUGCGAUGUCGAGGUCAAGUUGUUGGGUGCUCGUAUUACGGGACUCAAUGCUGCAGUGCUGUGUCUACUGCGAGCUCUGGCUGCUGUGCUGAACACCGAGAAGAAUCUUCUGGGCCCUUCUAGAGCACAGAAGAGGAAGAACUGGGCUAUCGAGCUGGCUUGGUGUGUUGGCCUUCCCCUCUUGGCGAUGAUCUUGCAGUACAUCUGUCAGNUGAAUCGAUUCGCUCUGAUCGGCGUUUCUGGUUGUCAACCGAUGAGCUUGAUGAGUUGGACGAGCUUCUUCCUCAUCUGGACACCACCGAUUGUCGCCAACGCGGUCGCUGUCUACUACGCAAGUGAGUCUCUUCGUGCAUAUCCUUUCCACUCUUCAGCUCUGACACACUUCGAACAGNUCCUCGUCAUAUUCCGCCUCCACAAGUACCGCUCCUCAUUCAACAGCAUCCUCUCCAGCAGUAACACAACCCGCAGCCGUUUCUUCCGCCUCUUCUCCAUCGCCUCUGUCCUCGUCCUCGGUAUCACACCCCUUCAGAUCUUCAUCAUCUUCACCCAGUACCCGCGUGUCAAUUACCCAUUCAACUUUUCCGAAUUUCACGACCCGACAACCUGGAACACGUCUGUUGUCAUGCCAUCCAGUGUCCUCUAUGACCGUUGGGCAAAUCUUGGGUGUGGCCUUUUGGUCUUUCUCUUCUUCGGGCUGGGCAAAGAUGCCAAGGGUAUGUACAGAGAGUGGUUGAUCAAGGUUGGGCUAGGCAGAUUGUUCCCCGUCUUGUUGACUGAUGGGCGAGGAUCGUCUCAUCGAGGAGGCCUCUCCAGCGGCAACAGCAAAGUCGCUCUUCGAGGGAGAAAGUCUUCGUGGAUGACAAAGACGGACAGUUCUCAAGCUACUUGCUCUCGAGCUUUCAUUGUGCCAGACACGUCAGUUUACUCCUCCGGUGAGGUUGUUGCGCCGUCAUCGCCUGUCCGUCCUCUGACAGCUUUCCUUCGCCGCUUCGAUCCCAGACGCAGACUCGAGGCACGUGGUGCGAGGUAUGAGUUGCCCGUCUUUUCAGCACGGCGCCAGAACAGCGAUGGAAGUGAUAGAGGUGUGUUUGUCAGCAAGGAAGUCAAGAGGGAAAGCUUUAUUGCA